AUGGUGAUGAACAUUUUACUGUAUAUAUCACUCUUCUGUGGUAUAGCCGUAUCUCAGGGCUUUGUUGAUAUUGGUCAGAUUGCGGAACAGUAUGAAAAGUUAAAUCAAGAGUCUUUGAAUUGGGGGCCGUAUCGUUCUAACUUAUACCUUGGUUUAAGACCUAAAAUUCCUGAAUCUUUGAUUGCAGGACUUUUAUGGUUCCCCACUGAGACUUUCCAUGGUGUGUCACUUGCAAAACAUGCAUGUGAUCAAAGUCACAAUAUUAAGAAAUUUGGAUGGACGAAGUAUGACCCAAGAUAUGGUGGGUUAGAGAGAAUUAUUGAUGGCGAUUCCGGUUUGGAAUUAAGCGUAAAGUUUGUAAAGACAGAAGAUGGUCUUAAUUGGGCACUUCGUAUAGAGGGUACAACUAAUAAUCCACACUCUGUCCAUUCUGUCGUCUUUUACACAGGCUUAGAAAGUGAUGGUGAUAUUGAAAGAAUUAGUGACCCUGUACCAGGUACUGAUAAUCUAGUUGAUGGAGAUUUGAUUAUCAAAGGUAAAAUGGAUAAAAUUGGUGGUGAGUUUGAUAUUCAAAUUAUCGAUGAUGUGAAAAAUGUUAUGCCCAAAAGUAAUACCUUGGAUUAUGAUCCAUCAUUCAACCCAUCACUAACACACCACGUUUCUUUGACGGUUCCAUAUGAAGAGGUUUGGAAAGCUAGUGAUAUAUUCUGGACACUCUUAAGAUUGAAUGUUGAGGAAAUUGAAGAGUUGGAGAAAAGGCCCUAUGAAUUUUCACCUAUAGAAUUAUUCCAACUGAGAAACCCUGGUGGGUUCCAAGGUAAUUUGCAUUUUGUGGAAAAAACGUUCAUCGGUAAUUUCCAAUACGACAUCAUAUUCAAUACAAAAAGCUCUGCGAAUAAAAUUCAAUCUGAGCACUUAGAUCAGAUGAUUACCAAAACAUUAAAUAGAAUAGAUGAAAAAUUCACAAGGAAGUUUCAGCUUAAUGCACCAUUCAAUACUGACAAAUACGUCGACUUUGCCAAAGAGAUAUUGUCUCAACUUAUGGGUGGUAUUAUUUAUCAGUACGGGGACCAGUUAGUUGACAGAAAAGCCAUUGUUGAUGAUGUCAAUUUCUCACAUGCACAGUUGAAUGGUGAAAAGGAAGGACCUUAUGAACUUUUCACUUGCGUUCCAAGCAGGCCCUUUUUCCCGCGGGGUUUCUAUUGGGAUGAGGGGUUCCAUUUGUUACCUGUCUUAGAUUACGAUUCCGAUUUGACUUUGGAAAUUGUUAAAAGUUGGUUUUCUCUAAUCGAUGAUAACGGAUGGAUUGCAAGAGAGCAAAUACUGGGAGAUGAGGCAAGAACCAAAGUGCCGAUGGAAUUUACUAUUCAAAAUCCAAAUAUUGCCAAUCCGCCCACCCUUAUGCUUAUAUUUACGGAAUUAUUAGAUAUGGCGAACAAGCUGAAUCUAGAAAGACUAACUACUCAAAAUGAUAUCGAGUCGAACUUAUACUCAUACUCAAAGAUGAAAGAUUCUCUGGGUGACUUGCAUUUAGAAAAUCCGGAAUUAAUGAUCGAUUAUGCCCACUCGAUAUACGAGAAGUUGCAAAGGCAUUAUGAAUGGUUCAGAAGGACACAGCGCGGUAAUACAGACGAUAUUGAAAGAUCAUAUCCACACAAUGAGGAAGUAUAUCGUUGGAAAGGCCGGACAAAGGACCAUUGUUUACCCAGUGGCAUUGAUGACUAUCCCCGCUGUAUUGCCGAUAUUGGAGAAUUGAAUGUUGAUUUAAUUUCUUGGAUGGGUGCUAUGACUAGAGCAAUGCAUCAAAUUGCACAAUUAUUGGGCAAACAAGAUGAUGCCAAGCUAUAUAAGCAAAGAUACGAAUUCAUUGUGGAGAAUAUUGAUAGCGUCCAUUGGUCAGAAGAAGACCAGAUGUAUUGUGAUGUAUCUGUUGAUGAUGAUGAUUUGGACGUCUUUGAAUGCCAUGAGGGUUACGUUACAUUGAUGCCGUUUGUGCAUAGACUAAUUCCUAGUGGCAGUACCUCAAAACUUUUAGCUACAUUGAGAAGUUUAAGUGACCCUGCGAAACUAUGGUCUCAAUUUGGCAUUAGGUCAUUAUCCAAACAGGAUGCUAACUUCCAUAAAGGUGAGGACUAUUGGAGAGGACACAUUUGGAUCAACAUCAACUAUUUAGUCUUGGAAUCACUGUUUGAUUAUGGUUCUCGAGCUGAUGUCGAUCCCGCUGUCAGGGCUGAGAUCAGUGAUGUAUACAAGAAAAUGAGAGAGAAUGUGGUUUCUAAUAUAUUUGAGGAGUACCAACGUACAGGAUAUGCUUGGGAGCAGUAUAAUGAAGAAGACGGGCAUGGACAACGUACUAGACAUUUCUUGGGAUGGACAUCACUGGUGAUUUUGAUGAUGAAGAUGCCAACGGAGAUUUUAUAG